CCCACCACCUCAUCACCCUUCUCGCUCCCUUAGAAGAAGAGAAGAAGAAGAGGAGAAUAGCUUUAGAUGGCGGGCUUGAGCGUUCUUUUGGAAGCCCAGAAGAACUUCCCAAAAAACACCCAAAUCCUCAGGAAGACCUCCAUCCUACGAAACUUUUCUCUCUCCUCCAUUCCUCUUCCCAUCUCCCCUCCUUCCCCUUCCUUCCCCACGAGCCCUUUCCUGGAAUUCUGCUACCUCUGCCGCAAAAGACUCCAAGAAGGGAAGGACAUCUACAUGUAUAGGGGUGACAGGGCGUUUUGCAGCGUGGAGUGCCGGUGCAAGCAGAUAUUCAUGGACGAGGAGAGCGGGAGGAGGGACAACUGCUCGCUCGCCGCCUCCGCCUCCGCCGCCGCCG